GGCUGUUUCCUCCAACAGAGCAAGUAUCCUUGAUAUCGAAGAGCACGUGACAAUUAACGUCACUUUGACGUUGACAAAUAUUGACUUGACCUUUCUGCCCUUUAAAAAUUAGCCGGUGGAGAUUGGAGUUAUCUAGUUGGGAUUCCGUCACUUAUUUUUCACAUACGGAAUCGCGUAAUCCUUCAAUUUUACGAAAUAUUCAUUAUCUCACACAUAUUUUUCUUCUAUUUAUAGAAACAAAAUCGUUGUUAGUGAUAGAUCGUCGAUGAAAUUGUAGUACAAAAAUGUCUUUAAAACAAAGUAUUACAAUUUUACAAAGCAAAAAUGGGAUCAGCUGUGUUGCCCAAAGAGCCAGUUCUUGGUGGUCUGGAGUGCAAAUGGGUCCUCCUGACGCAAUCUUGGGAGUAACGGAGGCUUUUAAAAAGGACACAAACCCCAACAAAAUUAAUCUAGGUGUAGGUGCAUACCGUGACGAUAACGGUAAACCCUAUGUGCUUCCAUCUGUGCGUGCAGCUGAAGAAAAAAUAAGAAGUAAAGGUUUGGAUAAAGAAUAUGCCCCCAUUUCUGGUGUAGCUGAAUUUUGCAAAAGAAGUAUAGAACUGGCUAUGGGAGAAAAUUCUCCCGUUCUGAAGGAAGGUUUGAAUGCCACAAUUCAAGGUAUUUCAGGGACGGGUUCCUUGAGAAUAGGAGGGGCAUUUUUAAAUGGAUUUUUUCCUGGUAAUAAAACAGUAUACCUACCAAGUCCUUCCUGGGGUAAUCACGUCCCUAUUUUUAAACACUCUGGAUUAGAUGUACAAACCUAUAAAUAUUAUGACCCAAGCACCUGUGGCUUAGACUUCAAAGGUGCCAUUGCUGAUAUUUCUAAAAUACCAGAGCAAUCUAUUAUUCUUCUACACGCCUGUGCCCAUAAUCCAACAGGCGUGGAUCCUACCAAAGAACAAUGGAAAGAACUGUCGGAUGUGAUCAAAAAGAGAAAUCUAUUUGUUUUCUUUGACAUGGCAUAUCAAGGAUUCGCAACUGGUAGCGUGGACAAUGACGCAUUUGCCGUACGUUAUUUCGUCGAACAAGGCCAUCGUGUUUGUUUGGCUCAAAGUUUCGCCAAAAAUAUGGGUUUGUAUGGCGAACGAGCAGGUGCUUUCAGUAUUAUCGCCGACUCAAAGGAAGAAGCCGACAGGGUUAUGUCCCAAAUUAAAAUUCUCAUUCGUCCAAUGUAUUCCAACCCACCCGUAAAUGGGGCUAGAAUAGUUGCUGAAAUUUUGAGCGAUCCUAGUCUAAAGAACCAAUGGUUGCCAGAAGUGAAAGGAAUGGCAGAUAGAAUUAUUUCAGUACGUACUAAACUACGUGAAAAUCUUAAGAAAGAGGGAUCUAGCCGAAACUGGGAACACAUUACAAACCAAAUUGGAAUGUUCUGUUUCACGGGAAUGAAUGCUCAACAGGUUGAGAAGCUCGUUAAAGAACACAGCGUGUACUUGACCAAAGAUGGUCGCAUUUCAAUGGCCGGUGUGACAUCGAAAAAUGUAGAUUACCUCGCCAGGGCCAUGCAUUUAGCAACAAAAUAAGGAGGAAGUCAUUAUUAAACGCGAUAUUAAUUUUGUGGUAUUAUGUCCUGUAUUUCAUCAUUUUAAAUGCAUUUUAAUUAGCUAUUAAGUUCCAAAGUACUUUUUAUUUAGAUUUUUCUUUGUACAUUUUUUUUGUUGCAUAUAGAAAUUUAUCAAAUAUAUGAAUUGUUUUUAAAGUUUUUUUUUUUGUUUUAUUGCAAUAAAAUUGGGAGUCUAAUAAAUAGUGUAAGUAACUAAAUUAGUAGGUCCAAAUUUCUUGGUACAUCAAUUACUGACAAAAAUAAUCAAUUAGCAAAAAUGGAUAGAGAAAGAAGUUUUCGAUUUUCCCUAUUGAAAAGACAAGAAAAUUUCCUACAAUAUGAAAAAUUUCCAAAAAAUACUUAAAAACAAAGUAAGGGCAUGAAAAAAAAAUGUUCAGCAAGCAAAAAUUAAAUAUCUAUUUGGAAUUUUGAGCUGAAACUAACCACUAGUACAAUUUUUAUUGGUUAAAAUUGAGUUCUUACCAGAUAUCCUACUGUGUAUGUCAUCAUAAUUCCAAAAGAAUAAAUAAACAAUUCUAACUUAAAUAACUGUAGUUAAUGAUGUAAGUACCUAAAUUAGAAUCUCCAUAUUUCUUGGCAGGGUCCGAUUACAAUUUGAAGAACACGCAGCUACGUCAUCAUUUGGCAAAGUAAUUAAUUAGUUAUUGUCACCUAAUUGGGGUUUAGUGAAGUGUUAAUAUAAUAUAAGAAAUAUUUUUUUAUACCUAACAGCUUAUUUUUAAUUUAUUGAUAGUUAUAGAUAUGUAUUCGAAGUAAUGAUUAUGACGUAGUGGUGUUCUUCUAAUUUUGUAAUCGAACCCUACAUCUACUUUUGAUAAAAAUGCACAAUAAACAAAAAUAGAUCGAUAUAGAAAUGAUUGAUUUUCACCAUUGAAGAGACAAG